CUUUGUUGUAGGUCGAAAAUUUUCAGUUGUGGAAUGUAUUGACGUUUGAGAAGUCCAUGAGGAAUGUUGUACGAAGAACAUCCUAACGCAUUUAAUAAUAAACGCUUUUACUAUGUAUUAUCCUUGUAGAUUGCUGUCUUCCUUUCAUGCCUGUGGUUUGAAAUUUGAAAACAUAUAGCUAUGUAUAUAUAUAUGUAUCCGGGGAGUAACGCAGAAAAUCUUUUGAUGUAUUGAUUUUGUGAUAGAGCGAAAUACUCAGGAGCGGCAAUACAUGCACGCUUACAAGCGUCUACAUAUACAAGAAAUGCCAAUCAUAAACGGUUAACGGAUUAUUAUUAGAGAUGCUUUCUUGCAAAUCGGCGUAGUUGACGAACUAGUUGGAGUGACGAGCUAACCAGACAGCACUUAAGAUUCUUUCCGGCGAAAGUUCCACGUCUGAAACAAUGAAAUUGUACCUUGUGGUUCCCAGUAGUUUUGUUUUAUUUACUCCGUACAGAUGCUCGCACUACUUGACAGUCUUGUGUAAUAUUAAGAACGUAGCAGUUGUAACAUCUGGAUGAGCAGCCGAAGGCGCAAUGUAGGGUGAGUGCCAGGAGAUAAAAUUUACCAAUAUGGAAUGAUUGCUAGGAAAACCAGCUUCUUGCAGCCUGAAUUGUAGCACGAUAUUGAUGGCAGAAACUAUAUACAUGACGUAUAGCAUCAGAAGAUGUAAGCUUUUGGAAUUAACUAAUCCAGGCCUUAUAGCGAUGGAAAUGUUUCUUAAAUAACUGGCAGAUGAGAGUCAGUUUGUGACUACCCUCUAUUGGAUAUGUAGGGGAAUGCAUGACACUAGGACCUGAAGUUUCCUCACAAUGGAAAGAAUAGAAGAUAUGUUGUUCUCAGCUAUCUCUAAGGGGGAUGUGCAUAAUGUUGGAUACCUUCUUUCAAAAGGUGCAAACAUGAAUGUAAUCUGUGGACAAGGACGUACAUCUCUGGGACUGGCUGCCGAGCUCGGUAAUACAGCAGUGCUCCAGAAAUUACUAGAUUUCAGUAAUGCACCAGCAAUUUACAGCCGAGAGCGUGAGAAUAGAAAACGUCGUGCAAAGAAGUGGAAACGUGAUCCAGAAUUGGGUGGGACACCAGUAAAUCAGAAUCAUACAGCUGCUGCACAAACUAGCACCAGUAAUCAAGCAGAGGUUCGCACUCCUGAAGGCAUGGAUGCACUAGAAUGGGAUCCAGAGAUGUCAGCAACUGCUCCAGGGCCUCCUGAUAAAGAUGAGGAACAUUGGAGUAGACUUUACAUGUGGUAUGCUGGUAUACUUGACAGAACUAGCACAAUGUAUGACAUACCACAUAGUUGUGAUGUAAAUCACCAGGAUUACUACAGUCGCUGUGCUCUGCACUAUGCUGCAGAGCAAGGUCAUGAAGAUGCUGUUUUACUACUUACUGCUGCUGGAUGUCGUGUUGAUAUUGGAGACAAAGAGAACCGCACUCCUUUACAUCUAGCAGCUUCCCGUGGGCACAGUGCUGUAGCAGUCCACCUGCUUGACUCAGGGGCAGAAGUUAAUCGCAAAACUAGUGACAGGACAUCAGCAUUGCACAUUGCAGCUUCAAGAGGCUUUACGAACUUUGUACGUGUUUUACUGGAGCAUGGAGCAAAUGUUGAUGCACUUGAUGCAUCAGAUCGCACACCACUGAUGUUAGCAGUGUUACGUCGCCGUGAUCAAGUUGUGCGUGUCCUAGUUGAACAUGGUGCUAAAGUCAACAUUGAAGAAAUUCAUGGUUAUACUCCUCUUUGUGAAGCAGUUUGGCAAAAGAGUGUACCUAUGGUGAAAAUUCUUCUGGAUGCUGGUGCAAAAGUGACACAGUCUCACUACCUAUUGCAUUACGCCAUAAUGCAUCGUCAGGUAGACAUGGCACGUCUGUUGUUACAAGCUGGAUGUAUUGUCAAUUUGCGUGAUGACAAUGGUGACACACCACUCAUUGCUGCUGCUCGUACUGGAAAUUGUGAAAUUACAGAGUUGCUUUUAAAAAAUGGUGCAAAUGUCAACUAUUCAAAUGGUCUAACAGGGAGCGGACCACUACAUGAAUCAGUUGAAUAUACUCGUGACUCUGAUUUUCAGACAUUUGUUGAAAUGGUCAAAGUCCUCCGAUCACAUGGUGCUAUUUUAAAUGCACACUCUUUAACUGGUGGUGACACUCCUCUUUUUAGAGCCAUUCUUUUGCAAAAAUAUAAAGCUGCUGCUCUCCUGAUAAGACUUGGGUCUGAUGUCAACAUGUGUGAUGUUAAUAUAUGUGGUGUAGAUCUUGUUACAUUAGCUAGAAAAAGAAAUCACUUUGGGCUAAUUCGUAUGUUGAUUUAUGCGGGUUUUAAUCUGCAUCAGAAUUUUCCUGAAAUUGAACCUCCAAAUAACCCUGAUGCAUUGGACCUAGAUUCUAUUGAUGGUUGGAUGAAAUACAUGAAAUAUAAUCCAAUGCGUCUCACAGAUCUCUGCAGAAUAGCUUUAAGGAAACAAAUGGGAGAGAGAGUUUCUGAGGUUGUGUCAAAGUCAUUUUUGCCACAAAUAUUGAAGAGUUACGUGAUGUUAGAAGAUGUAUUGACAUAACUGUUGUUAAGUGAGUGAUCUAUUAUUGGUCUAUGUACCUGGAGUAUAAUAAAAUCACCAUUAACUUUAAUAAAAAUAUUUAAUUUUGACUGAGUUUUUGAGUGCACAUUAGCAUUAAGUGUAUCAUAUAUGACAUCAGUAUUUUGUGUCUAUAAAUGUUCACAUUUAGUUAAAAAAUUGUUGAGCUCUUUCGGGGAAGAAAAGAUGAUAGAUGUUCGUGUGUUUUUGUAUAUACCAAUUGUACUUUAUUUCUGUCACUGGAACUAGUCAUCUCAGUUCCCUUGAAAAACCUCUCUGCAUAGCAUAAUGCAAUAAUUUUAAUUUGUGCCAUAUCAUUUUAGGUCCUUUAAUGGUCACAAUUACAUGUUAUCAGUUUAGUUUUGAUUGAGAAGAAUCAUAUCCUGCCUCUUUUCUAUCGUAGUAUUAAAGGGUCGAAACUGGUGAAUGUUCACAAAGUGUUCUGCACAGUGUUAAUUCCUAAGAAAGGUUUUAUUUUCAAUCUAUUACAACAUUUUGAAAAUUCACUGCCAUAAAUACUAAAAUAACGUUUGCAGUUGCUGGUGUGAGUUAUAAAACUUGUUCACCUUAGAGCUGCACCAUGAUGUAUAUUGUUAGAAAUAUGAAAUAGUUCCUGAACAUAACACAAGUAUUAUGGAUGAGAUGCUAUUUUUGUCAUGUUAGCAGUGUUCCUCUAUUGCUUACACUAUUAUUUAAUAUUCCAUAUAUCCUUUUUCUUGCUUUACAGUCACAUAUUUGUCUUGUAAUUUAUAAAGGAAAUUCAUGGAGAAUAAUUGCGCACUUGUUUACCUCGUUUGCACACAGCACAAUUAAAAUAACUUUGCUAUAAAGAAUAAAUUAUCAUCAUUUGGUUCCCAGCCCAGUGCAAGCCUUUCCAGUUUCAGUUUGGAUGUCAAUUCAUUUAAUCAGCUUCUGCAGUGCUUGUUAUUUGUCAACAUACAAACAACAUAAAAAGCAUUCAACCAUUCUGCUUCAUCGUGCCUUUUCAUUUUGCUUGCAGUUUAGUAUCUGCAUCAGCUUGUAUAAAAAACCUUGUCUUCUCCCAAACAUCAUGUUCUAUAUUAACAAUAAAUCUGUCUUAAAAAGUUGCAUGUGUCUUGAUCUUGAUUGUUGUCUUUUGUAAUUUUAUCCCUCCCAAUUCACUCUGAAUGAGAUGUGGGAGUGGAUCCAGCAUAAUGACUGCUUAAGUGUUACCUUUAACAGUACACUUUAGCCUCUGAUUACCCAGUUGGAUUUCUUUUGUACCUCCAACUGUGUGUGAUGAUGUUAAAUUUGAUUGCUGACAGUAAAUUGUUCAUUGUGUGUGAAUUAAUGUCCAUAUCAAAACUUGUGUAUUCUAUCGAAGAAGUAAUGGCUGAUGUUUUUGAAGAGUUUGUUCAAGGCCAUCAGUACAGUGGCUACCAGAGUUGUGUUAACUAUAAAGAAAGCAGUGAUGUCCCUCUUAGUGGAGAGAUGGCUCUGAAAAUGUUUUACCAAGUGCACACAGGUCUUUAUAUGUUCAGGAUAACAGCUUUCAUCUCAUCGGCAAUGCAUCUGGCUGCUACUUCAUAAUCCACAUUGAUCAAUGCAAUGGGGUGACAUUGAUCUAUUAUGCAAAUAGAAUCUUUGUCCAGGAUUAAUAUUACUGUAUCACAUCCCAGGAAUAGGACUGAAUCUCAAUUGAUACCCAGUCUGUCCCUGGCAAGUUUUUAGUUGCAUUGGCUUUUGUGAUAAUUGUUAUGAACAAACAUUCAUAUUUGGCUGAUGUCCAGUUGUAACAAAAGAUGUAAUUUCCAUAUUGUAGGUACUAUUUAUUACCUUUUUUAUAGUUAGUUAUUGCCACCAAAUAUUUUGGACAUACAUUUAAACAUUUUUAUAUACUUGAAAAAUGUUCACUUGUUGUUGUUGUUGUGGUCUUCAGUCCUGAGACUGGUUUGAUGCAGCUCUCCAUGCUACCCUAUCCUGCGCAAGCUUCUUCAUCUCCCAGUACUUACUGCAAUGUACAUCCUUCUGAAUCUGCUUAGUGUAUUCAUCUCUUGGUCUCCCUCUACGAUUUUUACCCUCCACGCUGCUCUCCAAUGCUAAAUUUGUGAUCCCUUG